CGGCCGCGGCGGCCGCUGUUGCGGUGGUUGCGACAGUGGCUGCUGAAUACCGAAGUGAGGCCCGACGAGACCCGGCGGCCUUGCAGCCGUGAAAGGUGGAAGCUGGGCCAUCCUCCCGCGCAGCAGGAACGAAGGGGAAGAGGCGGACGCGAGAGAAGACCGCUGGGAAGCUGGGGGAGGCUCUGUGCACCUCCCAGCCCUUUGGCCGCCGCCGUCCGGCUAGUCCUGCAGCACCCACCGCCGCCGCCGCCGUCUCGGGCUCCCAGCCCGGGCUCGGCAGUCCGGGCCGGGGAGGGAGGGCGUUGUGUGCGCCCGGAGCCCCGGAGAUGGCGGGAGGGCACUGCAGCAGUUUCGCCGCGGCGGCGGCGGCCGGCAGCGGCGAGAUCGUCCAGCUGAACGUAGGGGGGACCAGAUUUAGUACUUCAAGACAAACUCUUAUGUGGAUUCCAGAUUCUUUUUUUUCCAGUUUACUGAGUGGAAGAAUUUCAACACUUCGCGAUGAAACUGGUGCUAUAUUUAUUGAUAGAGAUCCAGCAGCAUUUGCACCCAUUUUAAAUUUUCUUCGGACAAAAGAACUAGACUUAAGGGGAGUGAGUAUUAAUGUUCUCAGGCAUGAAGCAGAAUUUUAUGGAAUUACUCCGUUAGUAAGAAGGCUUCUAUUAUGUGAAGAAUUGGAGCGUUCAUCUUGUGGAAGUGUCCUUUUUCACGGUUACUUGCCUCCACCAGGCAUUCCUAAUCGUAAAAUAAACAACACAGUGAGAUCCUCUGCUGAUUCUAGAAAUGGACUGAAUUCUACAGAAAGUGAAGCCCGGGGAAAUGGUACCCAGCCUGCUCUCUCUGGUACUGGAGAAGAGACUGUUAGGCUAGGAUUUCCUGUGGACCCACAAAAGGUGCUAAUAGUAGCUGGUCAUCACAACUGGAUUGUCGCUGCAUAUGCCCAUUUUGCUGUGUGUUACAGAAUCAAAGAAUCAUCAGGAUGGCAACAAGUGUUUACAAGCCCAUAUUUGGAUUGGACUAUUGAACGAGUUGCUUUAAAUGCAAAAGUGGUUGGAGGUCCACAUGGAGACAAAGAUAAAAUGGUUGCUGUGGCCUCAGAGAGUAGCAUCAUCCUCUGGAGUAUUCAAGAUGGAGGAAGUGGAAGUGAAAUAGGAGUAUUCAGCCUUGGCGUCCCUGUAGAUGCUCUCUUCUUUAUUGGUAACCAGUUGGUGGCCACGAGUCAUACAGGGAAAGUAGGAGUGUGGAAUGCUGUCACUCAGCACUGGCAAGUUCAAGAUGUUGUUCCUAUAACUAGUUAUGACACUGCUGGGUCAUUCCUUCUACUGGGAUGUAACAAUGGAUCAAUAUAUUACAUAGAUAUGCAGAAGUUCCCUUUGCGAAUGAAGGAUAAUGAUCUUCUUGUAACUGAACUUUAUCAUGAUCCCUCAAAUGAUGCUAUUACUGCUCUGAGUGUUUACCUCACACCCAAAACAAGUGUCAGUGGUAACUGGAUUGAAAUUGCCUAUGGUACGAGCUCUGGAGCAGUGAGAGUAAUUGUACAACACCCAGAAACAGUUGGGUCAGGCCCUCAGCUUUUCCAGACUUUCACAGUUCACCGAAGUCCUGUUACAAAAAUAAUGCUAUCAGAGAAGCAUCUCGUAUCAGUCUGUGCAGAUAAUAAUCAUGUUCGAACAUGGACAGUAACACGGUUCAGAGGCAUGAUCUCUACUCAGCCAGGUUCUACUCCUUUAGCAUCAUUCAAGAUACUUUCUCUGGAGGAGGCUGAAAGUCAUGGGAGCUAUUCUUCUGGAAAUGACGUAGGGCCUUUUGGAGAGCGAGACGAUCAACAGGUGUUUAUCCAGAAAGUUGUUCCUAUCACUAACAAGCUGUUUGUGAGACUCUCAUCUACUGGGAAAAGAAUAUGUGAGAUCCAAGCUGUUGACUGUACCACAAUAUCGUCAUUUACUGUGCGAGAAUGUGAAGGUUCUAGUAGGAUGGGCUCGAGGCCAAGGCGCUACUUGUUCACAGGCCAUACAAAUGGCAGCAUUCAAAUGUGGGAUCUGACCACUGCUAUGGAUAUGGUUAACAAAAGUGAGGAGAAAGGUGGUCCAACUGAAGAAGAGCUACUCAAAUUAUUGGAUCAGUGUGAUUUGAGCACAUCUCGCUGUGCUACUCCUAACAUCAGUCCAGCAACUUCUGUGGUUCAGCAUAGCCGUCUGCGGGAAUCAAAUUCUAGCCUUCAGCUUCAACACCAUGAAACUAUCCACGAAGCAGCUACUUAUGGUUCCGUGAGGCCUUACAGAGAGAGUCCUUUGUUAGCAAGGGCAAGGAGAACUGAGAGUUUUCACAGUUAUGGGGACUUUCAGACUGUUAAUUUGAACAGAAAUCUAGAAAGAGCUGUUCCUGAAAAUGCUAACUUGGGUCCAAUACAAACUGAAGUAAAGCAGGCAACAGGGGAAUGUAAUGUGUCUGAGAGAAAGUCUCCUGGAGCAGAAAUAAAAAGUUUGAGAGAAUCAGAUAGUGGAUUGGAAGCUCAUAAAAUAGUUGAAGGUUUUUCAGAAUCCAAGAAAAGGUCAUCAGAAGAUGAAAAUGAAAAUAAAGUUGAUUUAAGGAAGAAAGGAGGAUUCGAAGGGGGAGGAUUCCUUGUAAGAAAGAAAGUUCCCUAUCUGGCAUCAUCACCUAGUACUUCUGAUGGAGGGACUGACUCACCUGGUACUGCAUCCCCAUCACCUACAAAAACCACACCAUCACCUCGGCAUAAAAAAAGUGAUUAUUCAGGUCAAGAGUACAGCUUGUGAAAACUCACCAAAAUAAGGAGCUGUUUGUUAAAUUUAGAUGAAAAAUUAAACUUGACUGGAUUUCGGACAUUGGUUUUUGUACCAAACUUUACAGUUUAAAAUUGGAUGUCAUUUAAUAAUUUUUUAACAGAAUCACCUGGAGGAAAGGAGAUAAAAUAACCCUCUCUUGAUGUUUUUGGAAAUUUUUUUUAGUUUUCAGUACAUUAUAACAGAAUCAUUUGUAAAACUGGGGUCUGUUUCUCAAAGCUGCUGUUUGUUUGCUUUGGGAACAAAGUGUCACCUUUUAAGAGGAUGGUGCCCACAAAAAGAGCAUCCCCUUAGAGAGUGGGAAUCAAUAGCCUGGGUCUGUAAUCCUAAUUAUGCCUGGGACUUCUCUUUCAGUGUUAUCUCAUGUGAAUCACAUAAUUCUCUUUGGAACUUGGUCUUCCAGGCCUUACUGUAUGUGCAAAGUGUUUACCAGAUAUUUGAAUGAGGUGCUGUGUUUGUGAAAAAAAAAGAUCACAUAAUCAGAGACACUAUUGAUACUGAAUGCCAGAUUCCACUGUGUAAUAAGUCCUUAGGAUAAAAUUGUUUUAAAUUGUGGGUCAUUUUCUGAUUCUCAUUGUUGGAGUUCUCAAAUCUCAGCAAGCAUCCUUAAUAUUAAAUGCCAAAAGUCUAUAUAAACUUUCUUUUAAGUUGGAGCAAUUUUCUCUGUUUGGACUGAGAAACUAAAAAUAAUAAUCAAGGGCAAAGCUUUUAGUGCCCAGAAGGGAAAGCUGUACAAGUUGCUAGUCUGCCUUGUUUUAGGAGCCACCAUAUUUUUAUUUUCCAGUGUUAAUAAUAAGAUAAUUAAACUUAGAAUGUGGCAGUUUGUUAAGCUUAUGAGAUUGAGGUUCUGAAUUUUUGGUUGAAGGUUCAUCUACUGUAAAAAUGUUAUUUUGAGUAUAUUUUGAAUUUUAAGGUCAAAAGAAAGAUACUUUUUGUACAUUUUUUCAUUAAAUUGGAAUGAUUUUUAAGUUUCUACAAAUAGAGUAAUUAUAGAAUUAAAGCAUUAAGCAUUCUUUGGUGAAUAAUGUGCAUAUUCCCAUUCCAAGAAAUAAAAUAAGUGAGUGAAGUUGAAAUAAAUUCUUUAAAGUAUAGUCUAUUGGUAGUGGUUUCACAACAGUUCUCUGGUGUUUAUUUAUCAAUUAAGUCAAAUAAAAAUGAUUAAGGAAACAUGUUUUCAGUUGUUUGAGAAAGUUACCAUGUUUAAAGUACAUAUUUGUUUUUAAAGCAUAAUUUAGAAAUUACUAACUAAUUAACUGUAAUUAUCUCUUGUACUCGUUUUCCUUAUUAUCACAGUUAUGUGAAAGUUGGGUGGACAAGUAAGAAAGGGGGGGGGGGUAUUCAGCCAGCCUUUUUCAAGAGUAAAAGACCACUGAAAAAGAAAAAGACUAUUAUGUAAUAUCCCAUGAAAAGACAAAACUCACUCUGCUUGGAUUAUGUUAUACAACAGGUAUUAUUUAUUUCUUUCACUUACAAGUUUGAAACCUGGUAUUAGAGCAGAGAAUUGACUCUAUUCUGGCAUUUAACUUUGUAAGCUUGAGUAGAUAAUCCCACUUCACCUAAGAUUUUUUCAUUGUACCUACCUCAUUGGGAUUGUUGUAACUGGAAGAACAAGAAUUGAAUCUUGGAUGAUUGAUGGAAAACAAGAAUGGAACUAUAAUUCUCAUGAUGAAUUUUUCAAAUAAUUUUUUAUUUAUUUCAGAAUAAAACUCAUAAACAUUAUCACACCAAUAAGUUAGGUAUUGUUAUCCUCAUUUCACUAAUGAAAUCACUGAGACCUGGAAAAAAUAAUAACUUAGCCACAAGGCUCAGUUACUGGGCUAACUUUUGAACCCAAAUUUACUUGUUUCAGGAACAUAUGGUCUUGUUCCUGGCUUUUUCAGUCAGGCCUGUGUAUCAGAAUCAUCUGAGGUUAUAUACUUAAAGAUGUCCAGACCUGCUAAAUUUGAAUCUCUGGGGGAUGGGACUCAUACUCAUGUAUUUUUUAAAAGGUACAAUAGCCAAUUCUAAUCUAUGCUGAAGGUUGAGAAAUUAUCCAGAACAUCCUAUUUUCUUAAAUGAGCUCACUUUUAUUUCUAUUAUUUAUGUGUAAAUUAUAAAGUUCAGAGCUGUUAGAGUAUCUUUCCAUAAAUAUUAAAUCAAACUUGGUUCAUAUUUAAAUAUUAAGCAAACCAUCUUUAAUUCACAUGAUAUAUUUGCAAUGGAAAUAAACUAUUCAUAUGUGAUAUAAUUAAGUUUCUUAUUACUGAAUUAUUCCACCUGACCCAUGUUUUACUUACAGGUCAUUCAGGUUAAAUUAUUUCAGUAUUGAUGCAACAUGAGUUUUAAAUCAGUAUAAGAUACCAUAACCGAUUCACGUUUAGGUUUUCCAUUUAGAGGAUAUGCCAACUAUAUCAUCAUAAACACAAUUCCUAGUAGCACUUACAAAACAUAACCAUGCACUCUUAUCAAACAAUAUUAGGAAUAAUAAAACUUGGUAGUUAUUAAACUGAGAAUGUGGUCUGUACAAGUGAUAAGACAUGAGUCAGAAGUUUUAGAACAGACUUAAAGGGGUGCAGAGAGAACUGCCCAUUGUUUACUCUGUAAGGGAGAAGUGGUGGGCCAAGGAAUAUAGUCCCUGUGUACAGUAUAUUUCCCUGUACAUGAUUUCUUCCAGGUUUCUUUACAUCACUGGUUCUUAACAUUAGGAAACACUUGGGAGUUUCAAAAGUACUGAUGCCAAGCUCCACCCCAGGCUAAUUGAAUUAGAAUCUCUAGGGGUAUGUCUACAUAGUUUGUGUAGUGACAGCUUGGCACUCAAUACCAGUUAAGGUAGCAAAAUAAAGUCGUGGGAUUCUUCUCUGAAAUAAAUGUAAGUAAGGUUAGAAAGUUCUGCCCAGUGUUUUGGGCACAAGUCAUAUCGGGCUUCUGUUCACUCAACUCUGGGGUCAAAUUAUAAAAGAUAAAGCGAACUGAAUUCAUGUAAUAACUGUCUAACUAAAUGCUUAACUCUAGAUUAAAGUGGAGAAUGACCUAAGGUGAAAUCCCCUGCAGUUGUUUUGUUCUUUUCUGCUCUUUUAAAAUUAUAUACUGUGUUUAAACACAGUGAUGAAACUUACCUAGUAAAUUUUCCAAAGAGAAUGAGCUCAAUCUCCUGAAUCUACCUGUGACUAGCAAAUCAUAUUCACAGAAGAGUAGUCCAAGGAUAAGGAUGUGAGUUCAUGAUUGGAAAAGAGCACUCCUUCCUCAUAUGCUUUAAAUAGCUCAUGUGAGGCAGGAACUCAGCCUUGACCUCAUUUGUGCCAGCUCAAAAUAACUAAUUGACUAAGAUUCAGUAAGUUGGAAUAGAAGGCAGUGAACUAAAUUAGCCAGUCCCAUUUCUCAUUUCAGAAAGUAUAAAACUUUUGGCGAGAAAAAGUAUGUUUCUUGUAACUUGUACACCCACUGCCAAAUCUACACAAUUUCAGAUUUGUUUGCACAUAGCAGUUCUAACAAGGGAGCAGAACUUCCAUUUAAUACUGGUCUCUGCUUUUGACACUUAUGGUUGGCAAGGUUUGUCCAAGAGUUGGCUAAUUUUAGGAGCUGCUCUUUCAAAGAUUUGGAUAUCCAAGUCUCAAAACCACAGAGGUCCACAAUCUUUGAUUCUUGGACUAUGGGGUAAUUCACAGUUUUCGAGAAGAAUAAGUAAGGUUGUCUCUUCAUAAGUUUUUGCCAAUUCAGCUUUGAGAAAAUCCACAUGCCUCUGAAUGUAGAGUCACAAAAAAGAUUGUUGGACAGUUGUUAAUGACACAGAGUCAAUAACUUCCGGAAGUCAAUAGGACCUUUAUGAAUGAAGAAAAACGUUCAUUCACAGUUCCUUCAUGGAACUAGUUCCAUGAAGAGCUGAUUUAAAUAUCUUUAACCUUAUGUUGACGAUUUGAAGAAAAAUGCGUUCAUUGCUGUAGGACUUUCACCAAUGACUUUAUAAUCUAAGAGCAGAUGACAAAUUUUGAAUCAUGGAGAUUGGUACUGUUGCAUAUCAUCUGUUCUUAGUGAUUCGAAGGCUAAAAUAAAGAGUGGAUAGUUGUCUGAAAUGAAGAGAUGUAGUACAGAGAGUAAACUGUAUGUAUAUAUUUUUUUCAACGACUUUGGGCCAUCUUGAAAUUGCCAUUGAUUAGUAAUUUUACCAGCAGCAUCACUGCCAAACAACCAAGUGAAAAUUACAUGCUUCUUUGUCUUCCACAAAAUAAGCAGAGUGAAACAUUCAUUUGUAUGAAUAUUAACCCCUUUAUUUCAGACAUCCAGAAAAAAAAAUUAACAUUUCUUAGACCUCUAUUACAGAGGACGAAAUUAAAAAACAAUCUCAUCUCUUUAAAGGAUUACAGAAUAACAAACAAUGGCUUUUCAGCAUUUAUGAAAUAUCAGUAAUAACCAAGUGGGACUGGGGUGCAGGGCCUACAUUCCAGCUUUGUCUUGCAGUUUUCCAUCCUCUACAGGUUGGUGUCGGUGAAUGUGGUGUGUUCCUUGGUCACUGAACUGAAACCCUUGAUGGCAUUUAUCAGGUCUUCUUCAUCCACAUACUGAAAAAUAAGCCAUUCAACACUGAUUAGGUUGUUUGCUAUCAAUAGUGUUUGCUAUUAGUUAGUAAUUCUGUCAAUUUAAUUUGAAGAGUAAUCAGUAAGUACUUAUUAAAGGCUAUUAUCCUAUGUUCAACAUUGUAAGGUGUGUUUUAAGAUACAGUCCUUGCCUUAAGUUGGCCUUAUUGAAUGGAACACAUCACAUGCAUACAUGAACUGUAUAGACUAAUCAAUCAAAAUUGAAUGUGAUUUGAGCGUUACAUUGUGCCAGAUCUUAAUUUUUUGAUGCCUCAAUGUUCUCAUCUUUAAAUUGGGGCGAUGAUAAAUAGAUGGUAGAUAGAUCUAUGUCUAUAUAAUUAAGAUUUAGUUCAAAGAGUAGGCAGAAAAGCCAGAAUGCAAGCUAGUUUGCUCUAUUCUGUCCCACUGUGUUACUGUAUUUAUUGUUUAGGGUUAGUAGGGUUGAUUAUAAUGAAGAGGUAACUUGACAAGUAUUAGUAGCUUCAAAAGCUUCUGUUGAAUCCCUCUGCACCCUCCCCAUUCCUAACUAGUACUGUAAAAAGCAAGCAAAAGUGUCCAUAUAGUAUAAUAGUUAAGAAUGAGAUCUCUGUAGUCAAGUGAUAUUUUUUUAAAAUCCCAACACCAUGAAAAAAAAAAUGAUGUAUUAGCUGUGUAUCCUGGGUAAGUAAUUAACUUCUCUACAGCUCAGUUCCUUCUCUACAAAUGGGAAUGGUAAUAGUAACUACCCCCUAGAUUUUGUGAAAACUAAGUGAAAUAAUGCAAGUAAGUCCGUAAUGUAUUAUGUUGAACCAUAUGAAAUUGCUAUGUUGCAUUGUUAAAAUGAUCAAUUAACAUUUCCUUAUGUUUCAACCUAAUACAAUUAUUCCUGCCAAAUAGAAACAUUAGAUCUGAAAUGGAAUGCAUGGAACUCAAUAGUCGUAACAACUUCAAGCAGGUUCAUGAUUUAAAAGUGUGUAGUAUACACACACAAAAUUAUUCUGAACAAGCAAGAACGACUGUACAUUUCGGUUUUUAGUGGUGAUAUGGAACCUGAAGCCAGGGAACUUGCUUUAUUACUUGCCAUUAGGGAAGAAUGACUUUUUGGAAGUUAACCUUUUAUGAAGGAAAAGUGAGGACUUGGAAAAGAUGAGUGAAAAUGCCCAAAGCAGAAGUUGGAUGAUUGAAAGAAAUGGAAGUGGCUAAUUACUCCUCAGAGCAGUAAAUAGAGGAGGUAAGUUCUUAGUUGAUAGUUGUUUAUUAUCUAACUAUCUCAAAGGUAUGUUACUCCAGCAGACGUCUAGGUAGCGGCACAGUGAAGAGGUGUGGUGGUCGGUUAAAAACUCCAGGAUUUUAGGCAGCCCAGCCACCUAAGGGCUCUUAAAUGCUAGAGUGAGGUUAACUUUCAGAGCCAAUUAUUUGUACCCACUGGAUUAAAAUUUUGAAAGAUGAAGCUUACAAACAGUAA